AUGAACUCUAAUUGGACAUCUGUAAUUCUUUUCGGAGCUUUCGUCGCUUGCCGCUUCUACUUGCAACCUACCUACUCGCUAAUUUCAGACUGCGAUGAGACCUUCAACUACUGGGAACCGCUUAACUUCUUACUUCGUGGUUUUGGAAAGCAGACAUGGGAGUACUCCCCAGAAUACUCAAUCCGUUCAUGGGCAUUCUUGAUACCUUUGUACAGUGUACUGAACCCCUCCAUGAGAAUUCUGGAGGCUUUCCACCUUCCGAUGUUUAACUUGUUUUACAUUGCCAGGUUCUUUCUCGGGUUGUUCAGCCUUGUCAUGGAAUGGCUUUUUUUCGAAGAGAUAAAGUCUACUCUCUCCACUCAAACUGCCACGUUUUGGCUCUUCUUCCAGGUUUUUAAUCCCGGAUGGUUUCAUGCGUCAGUUGAAUUGCUGCCUUCUUCAUUUGCUAUGAUUUCGUUACUAGGAUCCCUGAAAUUUACACUGCGAUACUUAUCUACAGGCGCCCAGGAUGCUUUUGUGAAGGCACUCCUGUUCAACUUCGUUGGUGGCAUACUUGGUUGGCCCUUCGUUAUGAUUCUGAGUGUUCCCCUAGUGGUGCACUACAUUUUCAGUCACAGAAUUUUGAAUACGCUCAAAGCGGGAAUCUCUGCCGCUUCAAGACUAGCAGUUGUAACAGCUGUGGUAUUUGCAGUUGACUCUAUGUUUUAUGGGAAAUUUACGCCUGUUGCAUGGAAUAUUGUGAUGUACAAUGUAAUUGGCGCGAAUGAAAAGAGCGGGCCAAAUAUCUUCGGAGUUGAGCCUUGGUACUACUAUAUUUUUAGCCUGUUGCUCAAUAUCCCUCUCCCUGUACUUUUAGGGUCAAUAGUUGGGCUUUCAAACUUGCGGUUGUGGCCAGUUUGGGGCGCUCUUGCUACGUGGCUGACUGUCUUUUUACUGCAGCCUCACAAAGAAGAACGGUUUUUGUAUCCAAUUUACGGUUUCGUGACGCUAGCAUCAAGUGUUGGCUUUUCGAGUUUUUGGAGGAAAUGGAGCGGAUCAAAGCUGACGCGAAACACUGUUUUCUUGAUUCUAUUGUGUUCAACAGCGAGUCAAGCCCUCCUACGCAUGUUCGCAUUAGUCCAAAACUACAAAGCUCCUUUGGACGUAUACUCACAUCUUCCCGAAGCCUCAGGCCCUCAGACCGUAUGCGUGGGUCGUGAAUGGUUCCACUUUCCAGCCUCAAUGUUCCUGCCUGAUAACUACAGGCUCGGUUUUGUUCCAUCGGGCUUCGAUGGCUUGCUACCUGGCGACUUCAAAGAAACAGAUAGUAUUUUGAACAGUAUAAGAGACAAGCCAGUAGGUAUGAAUAACCAAAACUUGUUUGACUCUUCCAAACUGGUGGUGACAGAACAGUGUGACUAUUUUGUGGACUUCAUGCUGCACAGCGACAACGAAAAAGACGCGUUUGAUCCUACAAACCUGCCGCAGGGAUGGAAAAAGCUCUACAGCGCUCUUUUUGUAGACGCGCCUGAAUCCAAAUUCUUUGGCCGAGCACUGCUACUCCCAGAGGGCUUGACGAGACUGAUCCCACAACAGCUGCAGUCGCGCUGGAGUAAGAUUUAUCAAGUGAAGUACCUGGAAUACUGCAUAUUUGAGAGGCACAGAGAAGAGGUUUAA